CUCACUUUCGCCGGCGCCGAUGACGGUUCUCUCGACGUCGUCGGCUCGUCGCCGUCAGAGCGUUGUGCUGCAACGAUCGCGUAUAUAACGUGACAGCCGUUAAAAUACAAGGACGCAGGUCGCGCGAAAAUAUUGCCCGACAGUGUCCCGCAUUCGGGGUCGCUAAUCCGGAAGCAGUGUAGCGGAGCUACCGUUGGUUCGUCACCUUCCUCGCGGGGGUGACGUCGCGACCACGUGAUAACGUGUUCAUCGCGACGUCGUGGUCGUCAUCAGAGACGACACGGCGCGGCACGGCGUGGCGUGGCGCGGUGUGGUGCGGUGUGGUGUGGCGCGGCGCGACACGCUAGCGCCUUGUUUUGACAGCGUGGUACUGUGGCUCAACGGGGGUUGACGCUCGCCUUUGUGCCGACGAUAGUAGCGUAGACGCGGAGGCGGUUCGUCUCUCUCGCUCCAGCGCGCACGAGGGUGAGACGGCCGGAGAGCGUGAGUGGGGCAGAUUGGCAGCGCGCCGGGAGGGAGCGAGAAAGUGGUGGGUGUGUGGGUGGUAGGAGAGAGGGGAAGGUGACUCGCGAGGGACGACGCGUGUGCCGAGGAGGACUGUUGUUUUCGGCAGACUGCUAAGAAACGAUCAUUCACGUGACCGAUCGCUCCGAAAUGCGUGCUCGCGUACUCAGCGCGGUGUAAUCGCGCCUCGCAGUACGCGCGGUUCCUUCGUACGAUUCGCAUCGAAAGCGAGAGCGUUCGGUAUCGCGAGUGAGAAUUUCCGCGGCACCUGCCACGCGCCACCGUGAGACAUUGACCGUGACAUCCGAACAACCGGCGGGAGUGCGCGCGCGACAAAGAGAGAGACACUGCUACGCGACCGGGUGAAGUCGAUCCCGAUCAGCCACGAGAGACGGAUGGCAGUUCGUGAGAGAAGGCAACUUCGUUUUUAAGUGCACUUCGACCCCAUAAGCCCCUUUGAGAUAAUCUUAUUUAGAGCUUAGCUUAGCUUGCCCACAAAUAUGUGUGUUCCACGGUGUGCUCCGAGCUAGAAUCCCACUCGACGUAUACAGGAAGAAAGAGCAAAAUGCUUUCGUGACGAGACUGGUCGACUGGUCGAUAGGUGCUUCGUUAAAUCGAGUUCUCGGACAGUGGAUUUACGGAUACUGUGUCGAUGACGAAACGUGACUGACUCGAGGUGUUGUUCGAAGUCGUCGACGUGGAAUUCGAACGGAAUACGUGUAUGAGACUCGUGGUGACAGGUCUGAAGAAGUGCACGGCACGCGACUCGUGCGCGUCAUACAUGUAUCCACGUAUUACCUCGAGUGGACGCGCGAUCUAACCGUCGAGAACGACUGUCUUUCGCGUGACAACCCUAGCAACCCGCGGCAGCGGGUUCUCCGCAACGAAGGUGGCUCACACGGCUAAGGACAGGGCCGCCGAACUGCAGGCGGAAGUGCGCAGCGCCAUAAGGGUGCUGCAUGGCUGGUGCCCCCGGCCACCGCAGGGGCACGCGCGAGGAGAAACGGUGCUGAUGUCACCGCAAUCCCAAAUACGUGGCAAUCACAGAAACGGUGGCCCGCCUCCGCCGCCACCCGCCACAGUCGUGGUCAGCUCGACCUCCAGCAUGAGGCCGCCGCCGCCACCGCCGCCUCCCAGAGCGAGGGCCUCGAACGACAGCAAGGGCCAUCACGAGGAGCCCACCAGUUCUAUUCCUGAUCUCGGUAAGUCCGAUAUGCCGGUCGAACAACUUGCGAUGGUGGUCGAAUCACCAACUAAAUUUGACGGGACCACCGUGUUGUGCCGAGUCUGCGGUGACAAGGCGUCCGGUUUUCACUAUGGGGUCCACUCUUGCGAGGGGUGCAAGGGCUUCUUCCGCCGGAGCAUCCAGCAGAAGAUUCAGUAUCGGCCGUGCACCAAGAACCAACAGUGCAGCAUCCUCCGGAUCAACAGGAAUCGCUGCCAGUAUUGUCGCCUCAAAAAGUGCAUCGCCGUCGGCAUGAGUCGUGAUGCGGUGCGAUUCGGCCGCGUGCCCAAACGCGAGAAGGCCAGGAUUCUGGCUGCCAUGCAGCAGAGCUCCCACAGUCGUUCUCAAGAAAAGGCGGUAGCGGCCGAGCUGGAGAACGAGCAACGCCUGCUCGCGACCGUCGUGCGGGCCCACCUCGACACAUGCGACUUCACCAGGGACAAAGUCGCCCCGAUCCUCGCCAGAGCUCGCGAGACUCCAAACUACACCGCGUGUCCACCGACCUUGGCAUGCCCCUUGAAUCCUAAUCCGCAGCCGUUGACCGGCCAGCAAGAGUUGCUCCAAGACUUCUCCAAGAGGUUCUCGCCGGCCAUACGCGGUGUCGUGGAGUUCGCGAAACGUAUACCUGGUUUCAGCCUGCUGGCUCAGGACGACCAGGUCACUCUACUGAAGGCGGGUGUGUUCGAGGUGCUGCUCGUACGACUGGCCUGCAUGUUCGACGCUCAAACGAACAGCAUGAUUUGCUUGAACGGUCAAGUGCUCAAACGCGAGUCCAUCCAUAAUAGUAGUAACGCGCGUUUCCUAAUGGACUCGAUGUUCGAUUUCGCCGAGAGGGUCAACUCGUUGGGACUCUCCGACGCAGAAUUGGGACUGUUCUGCUCGGUGGUGGUGAUCGCUGCCGACAGACCCGGGCUUCGCAACACCGACCUGGUCGAACGCAUGCAUAACAAACUGCGAAACGCCCUGCAGACGGUACUGGCGCAGAACCAUCCCCAGCAUCCUGAUAUCCUACGGGAAUUGUUGAAGAAGAUACCCGACUUAAGAACUUUGAAUACUCUCCACUCGGAAAAACUGUUGGCUUUCAAGAUGACCGAGCAACAACAGCAGUUGCAAGCUCAGCAACAGCAUCAGCAGCAGCAGCAGCAGCAACAACAACAGCAGCAACAAACGCAGCACGUCAUCACCGCUCAGCAGCAACAGCCACAUUGGCCAAUGGAGGAGGAGCCGCCGGCCUCUUGGAGCUCCGCUUCGGACGUGACUCUGGACGAGGCCGUGAAGAGUCCACUGGGUAGCGUCUCAAGCACCGAGAGCACCUGCAGCGGCGAGGUCGCCUCCUUGACGGAGUACCACCACGUCGCGCCACCCAGCAGUCAUCACGCGUCCAGCGCGCCUCUCCUGGCCGCUACUCUGGCCGGUGGACUGUGUCCGCAUAGACGACGGGCCAAUUCGGGCAGCACCAGCUCUGGUGACGACGAGCUCCAUCGCUCCGCCAUGUCCAAGACACCUCAGCCGCCGCAGUGUCCGCGAUUCCGCAAGUUGGAUUCGCCAAGCGACAGCGGAAUCGAGUCCGGUACUGAGAAACCAGACAAACCGGCCAGUAGCAGCGCCAGCAGCGCACCUACCUCUGUAUGCUCGAGUCCGCGCUCGGAAGACAAGGAAGUCGAGGACAUGCCGGUGCUGAAGCGCGUGUUACAGGCGCCACCGUUGUACGACACCAACUCGCUGAUGGACGAGGCUUACAAACCUCACAAGAAAUUCCGCGCUCUACGCCAGAAGGACAGUGCCGAGGCCGAACCGGCUGUGGUGGUCCAGCACACGCAGUCACAGCUGCACCUGCACCUGACUUCACCACCUGCGCGAAGUCCACCCACCACGCAAACGGCACAAGUGCAAUGCCAGCAGACCACGAGUUUACUCAGCAGCACGCAUUCCACCCUCGCGAGGAGCCUGAUGGAGGGUCCGCGGAUGACGCCGGAACAAUUGAAACGCACGGAUAUCAUACACAACUUCAUAAUGCACGGUGAGGCUAGUCCUAGAUCACCGACGGCCUCGCCGUCGCCCGCGGAACAGUGCGCGUCGACCACCACCGUGACAGCGCGCUCGAUGCAAGGAUCUCAGGGCCUCUUGCAAUGCGCCACCACGAGCUACUCGACUAGGUGGCCAGCCACCUCGGUCAUCACGACAACGACGGGUGCGCGACAACACAACAACAGCAGCAACAGCAGCAGCAGCAGCAGCAACAACAGCAGCAGCAGUCUUCCUCGGACUACCUCUGUUGGGAAUUCGCCGGCCUCGUCGCCGAGGUAUCUCUCCGCGGCGGCGACCAGUAGUACGAGCACGAGUCCGAGGCCGACCUCGAGUACGGCGGCCACGCUGGUGCUGGCCGGUUGCCCCAGCAACAUGAUGGAACUGCAGGUCGACAUCGCGGACAGCCAGCAACCGUUGAACCUUUCGAAGAAGUCGCCGUCGCCAUCGCCAUCACCUAGACCGUUGGUCGGACCAUGCAAGGCUCUCUCCCUCGAGGCGUAGUGUUCUCGCGUGCUCGAGUGAUCUCCCGUGACGCGUGGAAAUCGGAACGUUCGAUCGAUGAUCCACCUAUCACAAGGCCGGCGGACUCUCGCUCCGGCAGUAACGCGGUACAACCUUUCCCGGCCCCUCGACUAUAAAUACGAAAGUGCCAGGACGCUCAGAGCGCGUGACAAACCAAAUAAUUUAUUAAUUUAAAAAAAAAAAACCGCGCUAAUCGCUAAUCGCGCCCGAGAGGAGCACAAGGAGGUGGAGGUUACGGAGGGAGACAAACGAGACACUAUAAGCCUCCGUGUAAUAUUCACGAGGAAGACAGACAGACGCGUUGAGUGGCGGCGUUGAGUUGCUUCUCCCGAGUGUGCGAGAGAAAGGGAGAAAGAACGGCAAGAAUAAGCAACGGGACACACGGAGAAUAUAUCGGACGCUCGCGCGCGCGACGAGUGCCGUGCCGCGUAGGGGAGCCAGCGAUCCACCUAAAACUACCUAUCUACCUGUCUACCUACCUAAAAAAAAAAAAACCUAUCUGCUCUAGGUGUACAUCUAGAA